UCUUCCCUAGCUACCACUUCAUCACAUUAUAUAAACCCCAAGGCACCUCCCAUCACUUCUCAUGAGUGGUUUGAUACCAGCAGCAUAAUACACCAUAUACAUGCACUUCUUUCACUCUGAAAAAAGAACACCACUACAGCAAUAGGCUAGAAUUCAGAGAGAGAUCAGAGAGAGGCGCUACGUUCGAAUGGACACUACUAUUUCAAUUCUGAUAUACAUAUUUCUCUUUCUCACAACUCUUUCCUCGUAUCCCUUAAUGAGGAAAAAAAAGAAGAAAACUGGGAGCAUAUCUGAACUUCCUCCUGGUUCAAUGGGGUGGCCUUACAUAGGAGAUACCCUCCAACUCUACUCUCAAGACCCAAACAUAUUCUUUGCUAAGAAGCAAAACAGAUAUGGAGAAAUAUUCAAAACCCACAUACUUGGCUGUCCUAGCGUCAUGCUGGCUAGCCCUGAGGCGGCGCGAUUUGUGCUAGUGACUCAUGCUCAUUUGUUCAAGCCCACGUACCCCAAAAGCAAAGAGAGGAUGAUUGGCCCUUCCGCACUCUUCUUUCACCAAGGAAACUACCACGCUCACCUUAGGAAGUUGGUUCAAAGUUCUUUAUCCCCCGAGACAAUCCGGAAACUAGUUCCUGAUAUCGAAGUCAUAGCCAUUUCUGCCUUGGAGUCGUGGGCAGGGGGGCAAGUGAUCAUUAAUACGUUUCACGAGCUGAAGAAGUUCUCUUUCGAUGUCGGCAUUCUUUCUAUCUUUGGUCAGUUAGAAGGCAAAUAUAGAGAAAAGUUGGGGGAGAACUACUGCAUAGUUGAUAAGGGCUACAAUUCUUUUCCAACAAAAAUGCCUGGUACUGCAUAUGCGAAAGCACUCUCGGCAAGGAAAAGGCUUAGUCAGAUUGUAAGCAAGAUAAUUUGUGAAAGAGAGGAGAAAAAACUGCUGGAGAAGGAUCUCUUGGGUUAUUUGAUGAACUUCAAAGAUCAAAAGGGGCAAAGUUUAACUAGGGAUCAAAUCGCUGAUAAUAUCAUCGGAGUGUUGUUUGCAGCUCAGGACACAACAGCUAGUAUCCUAACAUGGAUUCUCAAGUACCUCCAUGAUGACCAGGAACUUCUCGAAGCUGUAAAGGCCGAGCAAAAUGCAAUAUAUGGAGAGAAUGAUGGAGGGAAGAGGCCCUUGACAUGGGCUCAGACUAGGAGUAUGCCACUUACAUAUAGGGUUAUCCAAGAGAGCUUGAGGAUGGCAAGCAUCGUAUCAUUUACCUUUAGGGAAGCGGUGGUUGAUGUAGAGUACAAGGGAUAUCUCAUACCAAAGGGUUGGAAAGUACUGCCACUGUUCAGGAAUAUUCAUCACAACCCAGAAUAUUUCCCAGAUCCUCAUAAGUUUGAUGCCUCUAGAUUUGAGGUUGCUCCAAAACCCCAUACUUUCAUGCCAUUUGGCAACGGAGAGCACGCUUGUCCCGGCAAUGAGCUUGCCAAGCUAGAGAUGUUCGUUUUGAUCCACCAUCUAGUAACCAGGUUCAGGUGGGAGGUGGUGGGAUCUCAAAGUGGGAUUCAGUAUGGCCCAUUCCCUAUUCCCAUGAAUGGACUCCCAGCCAUAUUUUGGAAACAACCCAGCAGUCCCAAACAAGAUGCCUUGCUUUCACAUGAGGCCUAAUCCCACCCAAAAGCCUUCUGUUUCAUAUGUAACGGGGUUUCUAUCUAAUCUAUCUUAUUCCUCAUGUUACCAAUUAUCUGGUAACUUGACUUUGACUAGUGCAAUAAACAGAGAGAUCAGAGUUAGAGAGAGAGAGAGAGAGAGAGAGAGAGAGAGAAUUUGAAUGGGAAAGAUUUUUUUCCCCAGUUAUCUAUGAUAUCUAAUAUUGUAAUUUUAAGAGCACGAAGUACUGAAUCUUGUCUAA